AUCUCCUGUGUUCUCUCAGGAGUCCAAGUUCUUUGCUUCAUCAGCUGCUUUUGCUUCUUCAAUUGCUUCAUUGACUUGGGCCAGUCUUGGGCCAGCUUCCAUGUUAGCUGCUGGCCUGUAUUUUCCCUAGGGGAGACUCAAAGCCUGGCUAUAAUCACUCCCAUUAGCAGUUGGCUGUUCCCCAAUCCACUUCUUUGCCUGGACUGGCUUAACCCUGAUGUCUGCCGGACCUGUAGUGUUGCACACACCAGUGGAGCCUGCAUCUGUUAAGCUCUUGUUCCCCACCUUGAACCAUGUCUCACCCUCCCACAUAUUAGCACUGGCUAGAAUGGCUGAAUCUCACACUCUAGCAGCUUUGCUUCUUGGCGCUGAUGGAAGUGUAGAGCUGUGUGGGAGCAGAAUUCUGAAUGUGGCUUCGGGAAGGAAUCCAAUCCAGAUAGUAGCCACUGGUGGCCCUGCUAUGGGUAAACGCUCCUUAGGUGGCUGAUGUGAACUGACCAGAAUUAUGGUACCACAAGCUGCCUUUAACUGAGUGUAUGCUCUGAACCAUACCCAGGGCCAAGCCACUUACACACAUGAUCUCUCAAUACUUACAACAACCCAUUUAAGGUAAGUUUUACCGGUGAAAUAAUCAGGCUAACUUCACUCAGACUGUUAAGUGGCAGAGUUGGAGCACCAGCUCCAAUCCACCUCCUCUCAUCCUUACACCUGCUCUGCCUUGUGUGAUUGAACACAGAACUUUUCAAAGGUUGCCUGUGCCAAGGAGAAAGAGAAACGGUGCAGGUCAUGAGGUCUAAAUCCCAAUUCUGCUUUGGAUUAGUUGUGCAGGCUGGAGAAAGCAGGGUUGGUUGAAACUGACCCUUAUCCAAGAGGCAGGUUUAGGGAUGCAGGCUGGGCAAGUAACCACUGUAGUCCCACUGCAUCACUUCCCUGGUGCCAUGUGGGGUUACCAAGAUGAGCCCAGCCACCACAGCUUUAAAAUAAUGAAAUCAGGGUGGGGAGCUUGCAGCCUGAAGGAUGUGGAGGAGGAGGAGGAAGAUUCAGGCAAGCUUCCUGCCUAGCUUCAAUGAGGGCUGGGAAUGGGAUUAUAUAGGAGUCCCAAAUCUUUCUUGAGCCCCAAAUGUUCUAGUCAUAGAAAUUUCUAGUCAUAGAAAGCUCCUAUUCCCCUAAAGGGCCCUACCUUCUUUCUUGCCAAGUGUCUGCCUGGAUAUCCAGUCCUUGCCAUGGAUUGAGGCCCAUGGGGGUGAGUCAGUAUGAACUCUGAGCUUGUUGGUGCAGGGUGGCUGACAUAGUCCAUUCACUGUUCCUUCUGUGCUUUGGCAGGUUGUAUCAUUCCCUGGCUUCUCCUUUGAGCCUUAGUUUUUAUCAGGUGACCAUGUGUCUUAAUGGCCCUUUGUUUUCCUCUGUGCUAGAUACAUUUUGUUACUUCCAACUCUUAUUUAAAUUCCUUUGAGAAUAAAUACCAAAGCCUUGCUUGACUGGGGCCUCUCCAUCAAUCCCUUCAUUCAUUCUCUCUCCCCAAAUACUUAUAUUCAGGGAACUUCCUGAUCCACUGGAAAAUGGAGCUUCCUUGAGGGUGACCCAGAAUUCAGUGCUGGGUGCAUGAAUAUGCAGAACUAUAUUUUUAGGGCUGCCUUUUAAAAAUCCGUAUUGCCUGACUCCUCCAUCAGUUUUUAAUGCCUUAAGGAGAGGCAGGAUGGCCCAGUGGAAAGGACACCGGGUGGAGUGUGGGGGGAAGCUGUCCUGCUGCUGACUGCCAUAGGAGCUACGCUGACCAGGUACAGAAGCCUGAACGUGUGGCCUGAGUCUUGUGCUAGGCGUCUAUAACAAGGCAAAAGUCAUCCAGCCAUUGAUGGAUGCUCCAAGGAUUCAGCUAGUGGAACUCCCAAAGGACUUCCUUAGGAAUCCUGUGCUUGCUAAGGUUCUGCUACCGUCGCCACCAGUCAGCCUCGUUCCUCCUCAUUCUGGGGGAUGAUACCUGCGCCUUUCUUUGCGUCCUCCAGGCCCACACGACUCCCCACCCCGUCUCUAAAGCCUCAGCGUUCUCCUCCUUUUCUUCCUCUGAUCCAGCAAGCCAGGCUUUCUCCUCCUCUGGUCUCUCCUCUCUCCCUUGAAUCCAGUCCUGGUUUCCCCGCCGCCAGCUCCCUUUUUUGUCGGCUGGGCUCGCUCCCCGCCUCCGCCCCCGCCUCGCCCGCCGUCACCAGCUCCGCGGUCGGAUCAGCUCCUCUCCUACCCCGCUCCCAGCCACCCAGGGCUCGGCUCGCCCAGUCCGGUGGCUCCAGUCCGGAUCUCGGUGCUGCCCAACCCGGGUACGAGUCCCGCAGCUGGGGAGGAGGCGGCGGCUACUGGCCCCGGCUCCCCUCGGCCGCCUCGCCAGCCCGAGGUUGGCGGGGAGGGAGCAGCUGGGCAGACCCCGGAGCCCCUCGGAGGACAAUGCACCCGGCGCUCAGCAACCCUCGCGCGGUCUCAUCCUCGUCUGGCUCCUUUCCGCCGCCCCCUGCCGCCGCCCGGCUACAGCCCCUCUUCCUCCGGGGGGGUUCCUCCCGCGGCCGGAGAGGCUCGGGCGACAGCAGCACCAGCACCAGUACCAGCCGGGGGGGAGGAGGCGGCAGACGCGGCGGGGGCGGCUGCUCCCCAAGCAGCAGCACGGGCGCAGAGAGAGAGGACGACGACGAGAGCAUCAGCAUCAGCAAGCCACUGGUGCCGGCCACCGCCGCCGGGCUCCCGGGACCCCUGGCUCAGGGGGGCGCCGUGGCCACCGACUCCGCGCCGGCAGCCUUCUCCUCCUCCACUGCCACCACCUCCUCCACUUCCACGCCCACCUCCUCUUGCAGCAUGACGGCUGCGGACUUCGGCGGGGGCGCAGCGCCUGGGGCCGUCGGGGGCUCAGGGGGCCGCUCCGCCGGGGGCGCGGGCGGUACCGGGACUGGCAGCGGCGCUUCCUGCUGCUCGUGUUGCUGCUGCUGCGGCCGCCCGGCCCGGUCUGGCCGCAGGGGUCGGCGUCGCGGCUGCACCCCAAGCCCGGGGUGCCGCUGGGGCUACCAGGCGCUGUCCGUGGUGCUACUGCUGGCGCAAGGCGGUCUGCUAGACCUGUACCUCAUCGCCGUCACUGACCUGUACUGGUGCUCCUGGAUCGCCACCGACUUGGUGGUAGUGGUGGGUUGGGCCAUCUUCUUCGCCAAGAACAGCCGGGGCCGUCGGGGCGGCGCGGCGAAUGUCGCGCACAACCACCAUCAGCAUCACCACCACGCUGCGCCUCCUUUGCACCUGCCUGCUACCUCAUCAGCCUCUGUUGGGGCCCCGGCCGGGGCCAAGGCGCGCGGCGGACGCGCGAGCGCCGGAGGUCCAGGGAGCUGCCCGGGGGCGACCGGGACGGCGGGGGAGUUCGCCUUCGCCUACCUGGCCUGGCUCAUCUACUCCAUCGCCUUCACGCCCAAGGUGGUCCUUAUCCUCGGCACGUCCAUCCUGGACCUCAUCGAGCUGCGCGCGCCCUUUGGCACCACGGGCUUCCGCCUCACCAUGGCGCUGUCGGUGCCCCUGCUCUACAGCCUGGUGCGGGCCAUCAGCGAGGCGGGCGCGCCUCCUGGUUCUGCGGGACCCCUGCUCCUGCAGCCCCAGCAACACCGGGCUGCUGGCUGCUUCCUGGGCACGUGCCUAGAUCUGCUCGACAGCUUUACCCUGGUGGAGCUGAUGUUGGAAGGGCGGGUGCCGCUGCCCCCGCACCUGCGAUACCUGCUUAUCUCUGUCUACUUCCUCACCCUUGCCUCGCCGGUGCUCUGGCUCUACGAGCUCAACUCCACAGCGGUGGCAGCGUCGUCCUGGGGCCAGGCCUCAGGCCCUGGCAGCUGCAGCCGCCUUCUGCGCCUACUGAGUGGCUGCCUGGUGGAUGUGCCCUUGCUAGCGCUGCGGUGCCUCCUGGUGGUGAGCUUCCAGCAGCCCCUCUCCAUCUUUAUGCUGAAGAACCUCUUUUUCCUUGGCUGCCGAGGCCUGGAGGCCCUAGAGGGCUGUUGGGAUCGGGGGAGUCGGACCUCCCCUAGUCGGGCUAGAGGCAGUUAUGGUGCUCCACCUUCUGCCCCACCGCCCCCGCCGCCACCACCUCAGGGAGGUUCCCAGCUGGGCCACUGCAUCUCUGAGAACGAGGGGGGUCCCCAUGGUUAUGUCAACACGCUGGCUGUCGCUUCCCAGAAUUGAGGGAGUGAAUGAGAGGGAGCCUUGCUUUGAGGUUGAGGCCCCAGGCCCUGUGGCCUCAGACCUGUUCCCAGGAUUUGGUUAGACUUUGUUGGGAAGAGGUGACUUUUACUAGGGCUGAGGGCCAGCACAUCCUUUUGCACACUUUAGGUAAAGACAACUCAGAGGGAGCAGUAACCGUGGGGGAGGUGGGUCCACUUACCCUUUGCUCCUUUUUCCAUAUCCUACCCCAAUACUGACCUCCAUGGGACUGGAUGACUAUGCUUCCUGCUUUCCCUGCCUCACCCAAAUUCCCAUCCAUUGUGAGAGAGAAUGGAGGAAAGGGGGUUAUCCAGGCAGGGGGGCUGCACCUUGGGCCUUCACCAGCAUCUUUUAGGCUGUGGUUUGAGGCCACUGACCCCAAAUCCACUCUUCUCCUUGUGUAUCUAUUCCAGAAAGUAGAUGAAGAGAGAGGUGGGGGGGGAGGGCGGGGGGAGGCAUUGUUUCCUUGUGUCUACCCUGUGGUCCUUGCAACCACAAGGGGGGUUGGGGGGAAUUUUGCUGCCCACCCUCCACUACCACCAAUCUCCUCUUUCCUGCCUGAAUUUUUGACCACGAAUCCCCAGGAGAGUGGGCCUUGGAGUUACACAGUUGUUUUCCUCAAGGGAGAAGCUCUCCCAGGUCUUCCUCAAUCCCACUCCUCCCUUCUCAGCUUGGGAGGAGGGAUCCAUAUUCUAAGGACCAAACGGCACCCAUUCUUGGGUGAGUGAGCAUUUCUACCUCUGUGCUUUCCACUUUGUUGCAUCAUGCACUGAUGCUGCUUGCAAAAAAUAAAGAAAAUAUAGAAGUUG